UUACACUUUUACGACUUCAAGUCUUUCUAUUAAUAGAAAAAGUUUAAGAACAAGACACAAAUACGUUAUAAAAUUGGAACUGACCGGAAAAAAAACAAAAAAAAAACUGGAACUGACCGGAUCCAUUUUUGGAACCCGUUGACCCGUCCCAAACCCAUCCAAUGGUGGUUAACUCGUAAAAUACGACAAUAGAGAACCGGUGGCCCAGCUAGGCGGGGGCGCCGGAAUCCCGGCGAUAAAACUAAAGAUACUUAUGGGAAAGAAUAUGUACAAGUCUAAAUAAGGAUCUAUCUAAUCCCAGACAAAUUGGUAAAAUCACGCCAAACCAAGUUCCUAACCAUUACCAACCCCAGACACUUCGUCCUGAUCUCUCAACCGGAUUUCAGACAGCAAGCGUCAGCGCAUCACUGGGAAGCAUAACUAGGAAUCUUCAUAAAAAAGGUGCAACUGUGUAAAAUACCUAGAAGAAAGAUAGCAGCUUUUCGACAUCUUAAAGCAGAAGGUUCGGCGUUUGUGAGUUGUUGACUACUCUGUGACGGAGAAGAAAGUAUUUGAUAGAUCAUCAUUAUCAUUACCCCAGUGCCACAAAGGCUCCCACCUACGGUGGGGUAAGAAGGGGUCGGAUGUAUGCAGCCUUGCCUCUGUACUAAAACACUGUUUCCGGAUGACCCAUAGUGAAAAUCGCGUCGAAAAUUGCAUGGACUGACUGCCACACUGUAAAAUGAAAGAAAAAAGAACCUGCCUCAAAAAAAUAUCGUGAGGCACACGUCAAAGUGUAAGUCCUCACAUCUGAGGUGUAAGCCUCUUAUCUCUCAAAAAGGGCUUAAGCCCCAGUUCCUGUUCUAUGCGCCUGAAGCGAGUGCUACCCAUGGGAUGAUAUACUGUUUGCAUGGGAAGUCGAUGAAAGAAGCAUUGGGUGGAAUUGUGGAAAUCAAAGUCUAUGAUUGAUCCAAGUGAUGCUAGGGCUUGAACCCGAUUUCCAACCGAACUGAUGUAAAUUGCAGAUCCACAUUGAUGGUGAAGCCCCUCCUGUAUUGCGACUAGGCCCUGCAUUGUUCCACUUACAUUCUGCCUAACCCUAAUCUCAUACUAGGAGUUUGUCACAGUCGACUACUAGGACAUAAAAUGCUGAUCCUUUCUCAUGAUGAAGCCCCUCCUAUAUUGCAACUACAGAAAUGGGACCUUUUCGAACACCAACUUGAACUUUCAGAGUUCCGUGAAGGUUUUAUAUCUCCAACAAGGGGAAAUUUGGUAUUACUGUCAUAUCAUUGCGAAGCUCUAUUGCUACCUCUGGUCAGAGAGAAACAUAUUGAAAAUCCAGAAAACUGUAAUCACUUAAACUUUGGGGAUUCAACUUCUCGGGCAUCAUGUAUGCCAACAUGUGUGGCACCUUGUUUAGCAGAGCAGGGGGGUGAUAUACCAGGCACUUCUGUGUCAAUUGAACUGGACAGUGUUAAUACUGCGGAAAGACUUCCGAGAAGGUGUAAUAAUUACCCUUACAUCAAUGAUGUAAACUCCCUUACUUGGGGUAUAUGUGAAGACACUUAUGGUCAGGAUGGGGAAAAACAUUUUAGAGAACUCCUCUUUGUAUCUGGCAAUCAUGGGGUAACAAUUCAUGCUUUUAGUCAAUCUUAUGCAUACAAAGGAGUCAUGGGAUCCACACCAGACUGUGACACUGGACAAGGAUUAUGGGUUGAGUGGGGGCCAGGAUAUACAUCAACACUAUCUCAGGAGUUCGACCAAGUGUCUGACAGAAAGUGUGACGAUUCCUUCAAUGUUUUAGAUCUCAGCAGGAAUGGUGCAACCGAGGCAAGACCAUAUCGCAUGUGUACAAAAGUUACGAAUGAGAUGUCAUUUGACAAUAAUUCUAACAAAAGAUGGAUGCGCACAUUGCUAAGCAAGGUUGAAACAUUAGUCUCUGAUGGAGUACUAUAUACUAGAUUCCCAGACAGUUCAUUAUUUGAUUCCACUGCUAUGAUAAUCUCUUUUCGCCUUUUUGGCAAUGAUUCACUGCUUUUGGAUUUUCUAUCUCAUGGAAAUUCAUCAUCACAUGAAAAAGAUGUUAGUGAUCUGUCAAUAUUAGAUCAUCAGGACAAUGCAUAUGCAGAUUCCCUGCCCACCACUAUAGGCUCUUACAGUUGUUUAAGAGUAUUCUCUAAUGCUUCACAAUGCUUGAUUGGCUUUGCCUUAACAGCUUCCAAAAGUGUGCCUGCCACAAAUGAAAGGAAAAAUAGUAAAGUCUUAGUUGCCGUGGCAAAGCUAGUUAGUUGUGGAUUACAGUGGGUUUUUAAAGUGCCACUAGUCAAAAAUGUCGAAAUGACAGCAGCCGUCGACUGGACAGACUUUAGGCUUUCCCAUGCUUUUCUUAUAUGUCUUAAUGCCUCUGGAUUAGUACAUUUUUAUGAUGUGAAAAGUGGUUUGUAUAUUUCAUGUCUAGAUCUUUCACGUAUUUAUGGGCCUUUCACUUCCAUAGUAUCUCAAGAGAAAGAAGAUUCACAUGUGAAGCUUGUUGGGAGUUGUUCUUCAGACAAGGAUUAUAGUAAUCAGAUAUAUAAUAAUUCUGGUUUUCUUGUUCACCAGAAGAGGUUUGAAAGGAUUUUUGUCAUUAGGAAUGCCUUAACUUUAGGUGUGAUUGAUCAACAGGGUGUUAGUUAUGUAAUACAAGCUUCUGAUUAUAUCCCAAAGAAGUAUCACUCACUCGAGAAUCUGCUCCCAUGUUGUGAAGAUCUUAGACUUGCACCACGAGCAGCGUGGGAGGUAGGUGGUGCUGACAUUGGCUACAAGAGGGUGUCUCAUAAUAUAUCAGGUGAAGGGAAGACAAGUCAUUCGUCUGUUACUAAGAAGUCUUCUUUUAAUUGCUGUGUGCAAAAAAAGAGGUUUAUGAAAAUAUCUGAAAGUGAUUUUAAGGAUCCAAUUUUGGGAAACUGCUCUGAGUUUCUUGGUUGUCAGAUACCCUCCUGUCAUAUGAGAAAUAUUGUUCUUCCUGCCUAUAAAUUUCAAGAAGAUGAUGUUAUUUGUAUGUCACCAUUUGGAAUAACUCGGCUUAUUAAAUUGAGAAGCCCUCAACAGAAAAACAAAUGCCGCCUUGUUCACUCUAAUUUGCAUGUAGAUUUAACUUUGAAUGAUGACAAAAGCUAUAAUGUCCAAGGUUGGGAGGCUAUUGUAAAUGAAGCAAUUGGUUGCACUUUUCAAGGUUGUUUGUACUUGGUGAGGGAAAAUGGCAUCUCUGUAGUCCUCCCUUCGUUUUCAAGUUCUUCCAACUUCUAUCCUAUAGAAGCUCUUGGAUAUCGUCAAUCAGGCUGCCUUUAUACCUCUGAGAGUGAUUCAUAUGCAUCUGAAAAGAUGGUACAAGUUAAAAUGCCUCUGUCAUCAUGGGAAGUAGAGAUUUUGGAUAAAGUUCUUUUAUACGAAGGUCACAAACAGGCAGAUCAGCUAUGUUUGGAGAACGGUUGGGAUUUAAGUUUAUCCCGAAUACGGUGCUUACAGCUUGCAUUGGAUUACCUCAAAUUUGAGGAGAUAGAGAAUUCCCUAGAAAUGCUUGUGGAUGCCAAUUUAGCUGAAGAGGGCAUUUUGAGAUUGCUAUUUGCUUCUGUUUAUCUAAUAUCCCACCAAGUUUGCAGUGAGAGUGAUAUUUCUGCUGCAUCGAGGCUGCUUGCUUUGGCCACUGGUUUUGCAACCAAGAUCAUACACACUUGUGGUUUAUUACUGCACAAAAGAGAUAAUUCAACGUCAUGGAAUGGUCAACAUGUGGGAAACCCUCUUCACAUGCUGCAGAUAAUAGAUAUGAGGGCUGAAAAGUUGGGGAGUUCAAUAAAAAUUCAGAAGAUGGCUCAUUUCAUGGAGAUAAUUCGGAGGUUGCAGUGGCGGCUAAACUCUAAGUUCAAGAGGCCUGGCCAAGGAUUGGUUGAUCGUGAUGGCCUCUUAACCGAUACAGAGUCAUUGGAAGACUUAAAGACUCAUGAUCUUUCUAGAGAUGUCUUACCAUUUGACUGCUCUAACCAAAGAGAAUCUGUAGUGCCUGCAGUUCAAUUGGAGUCAACUAAUGAUGAGCCUCUUGCUUUGAUGCCUGUGGAUGGCUGGGGAUUCAAGAGUAGUUUAGCUUUAGAGAAUCCUAAAGACAUGAUUGCUAGGUGGGAAUCAGACGAUUUGGACCUUAAAGCAAUUGUAAAAGAUGCUAUACUUUCUGGCCGUCUUCCUUUGGCAGUUCUUAAGUUGCAUCUUCAUCGUUUACAAGACUUACCGGAUCCGGAAACCCAGGACACUUUCAGUGAAGUCCGUGAAGUUGGAAGAGCAAUAGCUUAUGACUUAUUCCUGAAGGGUGAGACUGGAAUUGCAGUGGCAACACUACAAAAGCUUGGUGAAGAUAUUGAAAUCAGCCUUAAGCAGUUAGCUUUUGGCACUGUUCGGAGAUCUCUUCGGGUACAAAUAGUUGACCUUAUGAAAAAAUAUGGAUAUCUUGGAGCACAUGAGCGGAAGACUUUAGAGAUGAUAGCACUUAUUGAGAGGGUGUAUCCUUGCAGCAGUUUCAUGAGCACUUUCAGUAGCCUGCAUCAAGAGAUAAAUGGGGAAUUCAAUGGUAAUAUGGCAGGAGAACUAAGCUUGCAAAUAUUGCAUCCAUUGGCUAGAGAUGUUGUCAUAGAAUGUGGAGAGCUUGAUGGAGUUGUGUUGGGUCCAUGGGCAAAUUCCUUUGAGCACACAACUCAUUCAGAAACCGAUGAUGAUAGUAUCCACAGAAGCUAUUGGACAGCUGCUGCUGCAUGGUCUGAUGCCUGGGAUCAGCACAUAGUUGAUUGUAUAGUACUUGAUCAACCAUUUCUUUUGGGGGUUAAUGUAUUGUGGGAAUCUCAGCUUGAGUACCACAUGCGCCACAAUGACUGGUUACAAGUUUCAAGACUUCUGGAGGUUAUUCCAUCUUAUGCGCUGUCUCAUGGAAGCCUGGGAGUUAAUUUAGAGAGAGUACAUUCUCCACCAAUUGUUGAAUAUCCUCAAGAGCUAGAGGUCCCUGAUUCUGGAAACUAUAUGUAUUACCUUGAAGAACUGGAUCUUAUGAGUCUCAAUGUACCGAAUGUCAAAAUAUUAAGGUUCCCUGCUUACGCCAAUUCCUCGAUGUGGUUACGAGGGCUUGUGGAACAGAAACUUGCCAAGGAAUUAAUAUUCCUUAAGGAUUAUUGGGGUUCUAUGGAGGAGAUGGUAACUCUACUAGCUUGGUCUGGUUUUGUUGUUGACACACAUGAUUCUCCUGUGCUGGUAGAUGGGUCCAUCGAGAAAUUUUCGGAUUCAUUACUGUCUAUGAAUGACUCAAUAAGUCAGAUAAAUACCAUCCAAGCUUUUCACAAACUCAUGGUCUACUACUGUGCUCGAUAUAACCUUUUGAACUUAUUAGAUCUUUAUCUUGACCACCACAAGUUGGGUAUGGAUGGUGAGGCGCUUUCCUUAUUAGAACAUGCAGCAGGAGAUAAUCAGUGGGCUAGGUGGUUAUUGUUACAAAGGGUUAAAGGGAAAGAGUUUGAAGCAUCAUUCUCCAAUGCCUGUGCAGUUGCCUCACAUAGCAGUGUUCCUAGUAAUAGUGUCAGUGUUAUGGAAAUACAUGACAUUAUAAAAACAGUUGAUGACAUUGCAGAAGGAGGAGGUGAAAUGGCAGCUUUAGCAACAUUAAUGUAUUCUCCUCUACCAAUUCAAGACUGUCUUAGCAGUGGAAGUGUUAGCAGGCACCAUAGCUCUGCUCAGUGCACAUUAGAAAAUCUGAAGUCUGCUCUCCAGUGCUUUCCUACUUUGUGGCGUGCGCUUGUAGCAGUAUGCUUUGGGCAAGACCCAACAUGCAAUGCUCAGGGCCCUGGGAAUAAAUCCCUUACAUGUUCAGAUUUAUUAGACUAUUUGGCUUGGCGUGAGGAUGUCUUCUUCUCAUCAGGACGUGACACUUCCCUUUUACAGAUGCUUCCAUGCUGGUUCCCUAAGUCUGUUAGGAGAUUGAUUCAGUUGUAUAUCCAGGGCCCACUUGGAUGGCAAUCAUUUGCAGAUUUGCCCAUGUAUGACAAUUUUCUGCCCAGAGAUGUUGAUCAUGCUGCUAUUAGUCCCAUGUACUGGGAAAUUGCCAUUCAGAAACACAUUGAGGAGGAACUAUAUGAUUCAUCAUUGAAGGAAUCUGAACGUGGGAUUGAGCACCAUUUGCAUCGUGGACGGGCAUUAGCAGCUUUUAGUCAUCUCCUUUCAUUGAGAGCUCAGAAGUUGAAACCUGAAAGUUCACAGGGAGUGCGGCUUGGAACUUCUGCACAUGGCCAGAGUCAGGCCAUCAUCCAAUCAGAUAUGCAGAAACUUCUUGGGCCCGUAACUGAGACGGAACAGUUUCUUCUCUUAUCAGUCAUUCCCCUUGCUAUUCUGCAUUUUGAAGAUUCUGUGUUGGUGGCUUCCUGUGUAUUUCUAUUAGAGUUAUGUGGUAUUCCUGCCAGUACCAUCCAAAUUGAUGUUGCAGCUUUAAGAAGGAUAUCUUCCUUUCAAAAAUCUGGAGAUUAUGCUGAUCACAACAGAAAAUUUACAUCUAGGAGUUCUUCAGCUCAAUCUAGUAUUGACGGGGAUAUAAGUGAAUCUCUUGCCCGGGCACUGGCGGAUUAUUAUCGUCACCAUGAUUGUCUUGGAUUUGGUAGUGAAAAAGACAAUCAGCAUAGCAUCACUGGCAGACAUCAACCUAGAGCUCUCAUGCUGGUUCUGCAACACUUGGAAAAGGCUAGUCUUCCUCUAGUAACAGAAGGACCAACAUGUGGAUCGUGGUUGUUGACUGGUAAUGGGGAUGGGGUUGAAUUGAGGUCUCAGCAAAAAUCAGCAAGCCAGCAUUGGAAUUUAGUGAUAGCUUUUUGCCAUGCACAUAAUGUCCCCGUGAGCACUAAAUACCUUGCCGUAUUAGCAAGGGACAAUGAUUGGGUUGGAUUUCUAUCAGAAGCUCAGAUCGGAGGUUAUCCUUCCAAGAUUGUAAUCGAUGUUGCAUCUGAAGAGUUCAGUGACCUACGUCUAAAAAUACAUAUAACAACAGUUCUAAGAAGUAUGCAGGCAAGAAAAAAAGUUAGCUCCUCAUCAAGCUUACAUACAGCUGAAGAGGAGGGACAAACUUCUUUGUCAAACGAAAUCCUGUAUGCACCUACUGAGCUAUUUGGAGUUAUAGCAGAUUGUGAGAAUAGGAACAGUCCCGGACAGAUUCUUCUUCAAAAAGCAAAAAAUUUGUGUUGGUCACUGUUGGCCAUAAUUGCAUCUUGUUUUCCUGAUGUCUCUCCUUUGUCCUGCCUUACAGUUUGGCUGGAAAUUACUGCAGCUAGGGAAACUUCAGCUAUCAAGGUUAAUAACAUUGCUUCUCAGAUUGCAACUAAUGUUGGUGCAGCCGUGGAGGCGACUAAUUCUCUUUCAGCAAGUGCUAGAUCUCCAACGCUGCAUUAUAACCGAAGGAAUUCAAAACGUAGGCGGCUGAUGGAUAACACUCCUGUGGAUUCUUUGAUUUCUACGGCCCCUAAAGUAUCUUCAAGCUCUGGCAAUGUAAAGGUUGAUGAUAUUAUUGCUGAAGAUGAACUGGCUAAGCAAGUAGCUCAAGAUGGAAACAUUUGUAUGGAUUCCACCGAAGUUUGUGCUUCUUUAUCAAGGAUGGUUGCAGUUCUUUGUGAAAAGAAUUUGUUUCUACCACUUCUCAGGGCUUUUGAAAUGUUUCUUCCUUCAUGUUCCUUCUUACCGUUUAUCCGUGCUCUCCAGGCUUUCUCACAAAUGCGUCUUGCCGAAGCUUCAGCACAUCUGGGGUCCUUUUCUGCCAGAAUUAAGGAAGAACCUCAAACACAUACACAUAUGUGGAAAGGACAAGUUGGGAAUUUUUGGAUAUGCUCCACAGCUGUCAAAGCUGCUGAUGCAGUGCUCUUAAAAUGUGCCUCAUCGUAUGAAAAGAGAUGUUUACUACAGCUCCUUGCUGCUACUGAAUUUGGUGAUGGGGGGUCUGCUGCAGCAUCAUAUCGACGGCUUCUUUGGAAAAUUAAUUUGGCAGAACCAUCGUUACAAAAAGGUGAUGAUCUUUACCUAUCAAGUGAGUCUAUGGAUGAUGCAUCACUAUUAGUUGCAUUAGAAAAGCAUGGUUAUUGGGAACAUGCACGAAGUUGGGCAAGGCAAUUAGAGACAGGUGUUGGAUCUUGGAAAUCUGCAGUUCAUCAUGUGACUGAAAUGCAGGCUGAGUCCAUGGUUGCAGAGUGGAAAGAGUUUCUUUGGGACGUCCCAGAAGAAAGAGUUGCUUUAUGGGGCCACUGCCAAACACUAUUUCUUAGACAUUCUUUUCCACCACUGCAGGCGGGACUUUUUUUCCUUAAGCAUGCCGAGGAAGCAGAGAAGGAUCUCCCUGCCAGAGAGCUUCAUGAACUACUAAUGUUUUCUCUGCAAUGGUUGAGUGGGAUGAUAACUCAAUCUAAUCUAGUUUAUCCCUUGAACCUCUUGAGAGAAAUUGAAACAAGAGCAUGGCUACUCGCUGUCGAAUCAGAAAGUCAAGUGAAGAGUGAAGGAGAGAUCACCUCAAAAAGAAACAACCAUGAUAUUACUACUAGCAAGAGCUUAAAUAUUGUUGAGCACACUGCUAGUAUUAUAACAAAAAUGGAUAAUCACAUAUACAGUUUGAGGGGCAAGUAUGUGGAGAGAACUGAUGCAAGAGAUAAUAACCUGACAUAUGUCCAAACUUCUCAAGCUCUUGAUUUUGCUUCAUUGGCUGCUACUCCAGGAAGUGCUAAAGCAAAACGUAGAUCCAAAGGCAAUGUUCCAUUACGAAAGCCUUUUGUUGAUAGCCAAGAGAAAGUCAAUGAAUUCGAAGGCUUCUUUCAAUCCAAUCUAAAAGAUGAUUCACAUAUAGUAGAUGAAAACUUCAAAGUAGAAUCUUUCUCCCGGUGGCAGGAAAGAGUGGAACCUGUUGAGCUGGAAAAAGCCAUACUUUCAUUACUGGAAUUUGGGCAAGUAGCUGCUGCUAGGCAGCUCCAACAGAAAUUGUCUCCUGGCAACAUGCCAUCUGAAUUUGUAAUUGUGGAUACUGCUUUAAAGCUUGCUGCUUUAUCUACUCCAAACCAAAAGGUUUUAACAUCAGCAUUGGAUGAUGGAGUCCGCUUCAUCAUGCAUUCUUACACUCUUAAUCAUGACCAGCAUAUUGUUGACCCACUGCAGGUAUUGGAGAGUUUGGCAUCUGUUCCUGCAGAAGGCAGGGGAAGGGGACUCUGUAGGAGGGUGAUAGCAAUUGUCAUGUCCGCAAAUAUUUUGGGCCUUUCAUUUCUCGAGGCAUUUGAAAAGCAACCAAUUGAAAUUUUACAAUUGCUCGCUCUCAAAGCGCAAGAUUCAUUUGAAGAAGCAAAUAUCUUGGUGCAAACCCAUCCUAUGCCAGCAGCUAGCAUUGCUCAAGUUCUUGCUGAAUCUUUUCUGAAGGGACUGCUAGCAUCACAUCGUGGGGGUUAUAUGGAUUCACAAAAGGAAGAAGGACCUGCGCCUUUGUUGUGGAGAUUUUCUGAUUUCUUGAAGUGGGCUGAGCUUUGCCCAUCUGAACCAGAAAUAGGUCAUGCAUUAAUGCGUUUGGUGAUCACUGGGCAAGAAAUACCACAUGCAUGUGAGGUGGAACUUCUUAUUCUGUCCCACCAUUUCUACAAGUCGUCUGCUUGCCUUGAUGGAGUUGAUGUUCUUGUAGCUCUUGCGGCAACAAGGGUAGAAGCUUAUGUUUCGGAAGGGGAUUUUCCAUGUUUGGCCCGGUUGAUAACUGGAGUAGGAAAUUUUCACUCCCUCAAUUUCAUUCUCGGAAUUCUUAUUGAAAACGGCCAACUAGAUCUUCUACUCCAAAAGUUUUCAAAUGCUGUGGAUACUAAUGCUGGUACUGUAGAGGCCGUGAGGGGAUUUAGAAUGGCAGUUCUCACUUCACUCAAGCAAUUUAAUCCCAAUGAUCUUGAUGCAUUUGCCAUGGUUUAUAAUCACUUUGACAUGAAGCAUGAAACUGCAUCUCUUCUGGUGUCUCGGGCUGAGAGUUCUUGCAAGCAAUGGUUCAUCCGAUAUGACAAGGAUCAGACUGAUGAUCUCCUCUCAUCCAUGCGUUACUUCAUCGAAGCUGCAGAGGUGUACUCUUCCAUUGAUGCUGGCAACAAGACAUGUGAGGCUGUUGCUCAGGCAUCAUUAUUGUCCCUUCAGAUCCGAAUGCCCGACCUGCAAUGGCUUUGUCUGUCGGAAACCAAUGCACGCCGAGCCCUGGUUGAACAGUCUCGUUUCCAGGAAGCCUUAAUUGUUGCCGAAGCAUAUGGGCUUAACCAGCCCGGGGAGUGGGCCCUGGUGCUUUGGAAUCAAAUGCUCAGACCCGAGCUCAUUGAACAGUUUGUUGCUGAAUUUGUGGCUGUCCUCCCUCUCCAGUCCUCAAUGCUCCUUGAACUUGCGAGGUUUUAUAGAGCCGAGGUGGCCGCCAGAGGGGAUCAGUCUCAGUUCUCUGUGUGGUUGACUGGGGGAGGACUUCCAGCUGAAUGGGCCAAAUACCUGGGGAGGUCGUUUAGGUGCUUGUUGAGAAGAUCCAGGGACCUAAAACUGAAGCUACAGCUGGCUACCAUCGCCACCGGGUUUGCUGAUGUUGUUGAGGCCUGCAACCGUGCAUUAGAUAAGGUCCCCGAAAAUGCAGGGCCUCUUGUCCUUAGGAAAGGUCAUGGCGGGGGGUACCUCCCUCUCAUGUAAAAUAUGGAUUCGUAUGGAACUUUUUAGAUACAAUAGUAACACGUCCUCCAAGUAUAGCUGUGUAGAUUAUAUAUUGCUUCUCAAACUUUCUCCCCUAAUAUAAAUAGCUCAGCGGAAGCAGUUGGAGAAGAAAUGUUCACCUGUAGCUAGGAGGGGUCGCAAGUGUGGAAUAUUGAUGGUUUUGGCAUGUCAUUUUUCACCCUUGUUUCCCAAAUUCUUUCGGGCCAUGGAGCUGGCUAUUAUUUCUUUUGUAAGGAAAAACUAUUAAUAGAUCAGAGUGAGAGAUGUACAAUGAUUCAAUACGGUAAUACGUAGUAAUUCUUUCCAUAACAAUGGCUUGUUCACAACGAGGCCAUAUCAUUUGAGCAUUUCCGUUUUUCUUCUUUUUUUGAAAACCGGAUGUGCAGAUGAAAUGCCUUAGCUAGUUAACUUGGUAUCGUGGAUUUAAUAUCACUUGUUUUUCUUAUUUGUUAAUAUCAGCUAUGCGAAUAUUGAAUGAAGAGUUUUUCUUCAAAUAUUACUAUAUUAGUCAAAUACUAAUAUCAAGCUUGU